AUGAAUUUAGAAAAUGAAGAAAAUAAAGAAUUUAAAAUAGAAAAAUAAAUAUCAUCUGGAGCAUUCGGAAAUAUAUUUAAAGCAAUAAGAUUAAAAGAUUUAUAGAUAUUUGCAAUAAAAACAUUGUAUUUUGGGAAUGAUAAAAAUAAAAUUUUACGAGAAAUUAAUAAUUUAGAAUUAUUAAAAGGCUGUAAAAAUGUUGUUUAAUUGAUUCAAUAUAACAUUUUUAAAAACAAAUGUUAGAUUAUACUUGAGUAUGUUCCAUAUGAUUUAAAAUAAUAUUUAGAAAAUUCAUAUUUUCCAUUAAGCCAUUCAAAAGUUUGGAUUAAAUUCAUAAAAAAAAUAUAAUACAUAGAGAUAUUAAACCUUCUAAUAUAUUAAUAACUGAUAAUUUCGAGAUAAAAAUAGGUGAUUUGGGAUCUUCUAUAAUUAAAAAAGAAGGAUAAUAUUCGAUAGAAGGAUUUACUAGAUGGUAUAAAUCUCCAGAAUAAUUAUUUGGAUAUAGAUAAUAUGAUUAUUAAACUGAUAUCUGGAGUUUUGGUUGCAUUUUUGCAUAGCUUUUGUUAGGUUAUGCUUUGUUUAAUGGAAAUAAUGAAAUCGAAUAAAUAUGUAAAAUAUCAGAUUUACUAGGAGAUCCCUGUGAAAAAAACUGGCCAAGUAUUAUUUAAAUGCCUGAUUUUGGUAAAGUUAUUUUUAAACCGAAAGAAAGAUAAAAUUUUGAAGAUAUAUUUUGCUUUUCUAAUGCGUCUGAAAUUCGAUUUUUAAAAUUGA